AUGUUAAUGAAUUUCAUUAAAAUGUUCAUUAUAUAUUUUAAUAAAUUUAAUUAUAUUUUAUUAUUUAUUGAAUUAUAUAUUAUAUUUGUAAAAUGUUUACCAAUAAAAGAAAAUCAAUUAUUAAUGAAUCAAUCAUUAUCUUUAACAAAAUUUACUAAUACUACUUAUUAUAAUAAAUUAAUAACAAAUGAAUUGAAUGAUUUAUGGAAAGAUAAUCUGACACCAGUUAUUGGUAGAGUAAUAUGGUGUAUAAAUGAAUCAAAACAAAAAUGGUUAUAUUUGAAUAAAUUUGACAAUCAAAAUAUUAAUAAUAAUAUUACUAAUAAAAAAAUUAUUUUAAUCAAUUCUGGAAAAUUCUAUUGUCCACAACCUAAUCAAUCAGAAGAUAUGAAAUAUUGUUGUGGACCAUUAGGAAAACAAAUAUGUUGUAAAAUAACAGAUACUUUAGAAGCUGAAUAUGGUCGAUGGAAUACAGCUAAUAUAUUAAAAAUACAAAGAGAUGGACAAAAUUUUGUUAUUUUAAAUAUAUUUUUUCAUGAUCUUUUUACACCAUGGUUUUAUACACAAGGACCUAUCAAAAACGAUGAAGAAUGGAUUCGAACAGAUUUUAAAAAUAUUUGUCAUACUGUACAAGCUCGAUUGGCUGUGAACCCUCGAUUCAAAUGGAAUAAAUUUUCAAAAAAUUCAACAAAUAAAACACUAAAACAAAUAAAUCAAUUAUCAACCAACACAAAUAUAUCAAAUUUAGACAAGAAAAACAAUGAUCGUUUAUCAAAUCCUAAUACUGCUACAACACCAUGGACACCAUGGACUAAAGUAGCUUAUAUUCCAUCAUUAACUGAGACAUCAGUUAAAAAAAAUUUGACACGUAACUCAAAUAAAAGUAAAUAUAAAACGAAAAAUGAAUAUAAAACUAAUCAACUGGUCAAUGUAAUUAUAUUUGAAGAUAUUAUUGAAUGUAAUGGUUUAGAUAAAGGUGUGCAAACGCAUCAGAAACGAUUACAAACACAUAAAACAACAAUUGAUCCAGUUGUAUAG